AAGCAGCAGGGAGCCAGGGACCGACCACGGCCGACAAUCGACUGCAUAUAUAUAGCACAUACCAACGUACCGAUGGAGACACUCCGAGGUAUCACCACAUAUAUACUAACGUAGUGGUCGAUGGCCGACGAAGCCGAGCUAGCUGCUGCUGCUGCUCCUCCCGCAGCACCAGACAUCAAUGCACGGCCGCCGCAGGCCGUGCUAGAUCCCCAGCUGUUCAUGGCUGCUCGCUGCGGCGACAGCGGGCGGCUGAAGGAGCUGCUGCUGCUGCGGAACGACGGCGACCAGCAAGGAGCCCCUGCUGCGGCCACAGCGACGACGACGGCACAAGUCACCCUGGAAGUUGAUCCGUCCCCCGCCGCAGCUCCAUUGCUGCAUCUCCUUGAUGGUGUGACCGGCAACGAGGGGGACUCCCUCCUCCACGUCGUCGCAGCCUGCGGCGACGGCGAGAACUUCCUCCACUGCACCAAGAUGAUCUACCAAGGCAGAAGCGGCCUCCUGGUCGCGCGCAACAACAGGGGCGACACGCCCCUGCACUGCGCCGCCGGCGCUGGGAACGCCAGCAUGAUCUCCUGCAUCGUUGGGCUCGCGGCGGCCGGUGCCGAGACGAGGACGGUGACGGAGUUCCUGAGGAUGCGGAACAAGUGUGGGGAGACCGCUCUGCACCAGGCGGUGCGCGCUGGCAGCAAGGCCUCCAUGGACGAGCUCAUGUCCGUGGAUCCGGAGCUGGCAGCCGUUCCAAGUGAGGCUGACGAGGGGAACACAACUUCGCCGUUGUACCUGGCCAUUUCAUUGGGCAAGGAGGAUAUUGCAGAGCAUCUAAUCCAGAAAAGCAACGGCAAGCUAUCCUGCUCCGGACCAGAAGGCCGAAACGUUUUGCAUGCAGCAGUAACACGCAGAAAAGUGCUGCCAAUGCUUUUGGAAUUGUUCAAGGACGUGAUGAUCCAAGUGCAACAAGGGGAAGGGGCCAGGCGAGUGAGAACUGUACCCCUUCUCUCGCAGCUGACUAUGCAACGGGACAUUGACGGGAGCACCCCUCUUCACUUGGCUGCAUCACUGGAUUGGUGGCCUGGAGCCUGGAUUGUCUCCGAAAGGUUCAAACACAUUUGGCCAUGGUCAAAAUCUACGGCCACACUGCUACUACGUGCCAACAUUUGUUCGGCGUAUCAACCGGACAAUAAAGGGUUGUAUCCCAUACAUAUUGCUGCCUUGGCUGAUAACCUCGGUGUCACCAAGGUCCUGCUUCAAAGGUGUCCGGAGUGCGCCACUCUGCGAGAUGGCAAAGGAAGAACAUUCCUCCAUAUUGCUGCCGGGCAACGGAGUAGCCUGUUCUCGCGUCACCGUGUGGCUCGCUAUGUGUGUGGACAGCCAAAACUCUCAUCGGUUCUAAAUGUGCAGGACAACAAUGGGGACACCGCGCUUCACCAUGCUGUCCAUGUGGGGAAUCUGGUAGUCUUUAACUUUCUGGUUCAGAAUCCCAAGGUGGAUCUCAGUAUACCAAAUAAGGAUGAUCUGACACCUCUUGAUCUUUCGUGGAGUGAGAUUCCUCAAACUAUGUAUUAUCGAUCGCAAUCAAGAAUUGUUAUGUCGAGGACAUUAGUGUUGGUGGGAGCGCCAGCUGGGGGAAGUCGUUCCGACCUCUUCAUUGAAAAAUAUGUUGGUGAAAUAGAUGAGAAAAAAAUGUCAGAAGAUGUGGCAAAAACAACACAGGCCAUGGGCGUUGUCUCUGUGCUUAUUGCGACUGUGACAUUUGCAUCAGCUUUCACAUUGCCUGGAGGUUAUUAUCAAUCAGCAAGCGACGGUGGUGUGCCUGGGACGCCCAUUCUCGCUGGGAGCUAUGCAUUCAGUGCAUUUAUUAUCGCCGAUGCUUUGGCAUUCAUCUGUUCAUGUUUGGCUACCUUCAGUCUGGUCUUUGCUGGGGUGCCUACCAUGGAGCUCUCCGAACGUCACAAGUAUACCAAGAUUUCUACGAUGUUGCUGCAAGCUUCAGGAAGAAGCUUGAUGGCCUCCUUUGUGUUGGGGUUAUACCUGGUGCUAGCACCAACUGCUCAUGCCACAGCAAUCGCGGUCUGUGUGAUUGGUUCUGGAGCUUUCGUCUUUGGAAACAUGGAAGUUUGGCAGAUGCUCUGCGGUUUAAACACGGCUCGUGCGAGAAUAGGAAUACGAGGACUGCUUGCAACAUGGUAUGAUCUAGCUCUGACCGCCGGUGUUUUUGCAUUGUUCCCCUUCACUUCCUUGAUAGUAAUAUUCGGUCUCCCAGCAGCAAUGAUCAGCAAUCUGCACAAGACUCCCUCCAUUCUAAAUGAGAUAGUUGGACUUGUUUUGAUUUUCUUAUUCAUUGCAAUCGCGGGUCUUCCAGCAAUUCGAUUGAUGGUACAGAGAUGGAAGUAUUAUAAAACUAAGGUUCGUUAGAAUUGUUGGAAGACUUCUUGUAUCAAGUGUAGCUUCAGUUACUUUAUUAUUUCUGAUUUGGGAAGCUCGCCGUUGCAUUUGAGACUAAUGAAGAAAUUUAAAAGGGAAAAUUCCUU